GUAUAUAAACCCCUUGACUUCCAUCUUGGCAUCUCAUCUUGGCGCUCCACUCAUCGCUUUGUUUAUCUGGUCUGUCUGGCCUCAUUUGUCCCCUUUGUCCCAUUUAUCCACUAUUUCCACUUUGCCAAGAGAUGUCUACCUUCGAUCCCACCAAUGUCGAUCUCACCACGGCGAAGCUGGCUGAUGUGCUGUGUUAUUUGUACAGUGGCGCCGACGAUGGCGCCGACUAUCUGGGAGCCCGCAUAUCGUCCGUGUUUGUCAUUCUGAUCACCUCCACGGUGGUGACCUUCUUCCCCGUCGUCGCCAAGCGUGUCCGCCGGCUGAAGAUCCCCAACACGGCGUAUCUGGUGGCGCGCUAUUUCGGCAGCGGAGUCAUCCUCGCCACCGCGUUUGUGCAUCUGCUCGAUCCGGCGUACUAUGAAAUCGGCCAGAAUACCUGUGUCGGGGCCACAGGCAACUGGGCCCAGUAUUCCUGGCCCCCGGCAUUUGCCUUGCUCUGUAUCGUCAUCACUUUCCUUCUCGACUUUGGUGCCAGCCUGUACGUCGAGAGGAAGUAUGGCAUCCGCCAUACACACGAUGAGCCUGUGGCCAGGUAUAUUGCUCAUGACGAAGAAGCAGCAGGAGCGGCACAAGAAGAAGAGACCAGCACCAACACUUCUUCUACAGAUGAAAAGGCGCUCGAGAACGAAAAGUCUGUCCAGCAGCAGCUGGCCGCUUUUCUCAUCCUCGAGUUCGGCGUGCUCUUCCACUCGGUGAUCAUCGGGCUGACGCUGGGUAUCGUUGGCAGCGAGUUCAAAGUCCUGUAUAUUGUGAUCAUCUUCCACCAGGCGUUUGAGGGUUUAGGGAUCGGGGCCCGCAUGUCUUCCAUCCCGUUCAGACCUACCAGCUGGCUGCCCUGGCUGCUCUGUUCGGCUUACGGUCUCACCACGCCCAUUUCCAUCGCCAUCGGCCUUGCCGUGCGCGAAUCCCUGAACCUCAACUCCUUCAAUGCCAUGAUUGUCGAGGGAAUCCUCGACGCCUCCUCGGGUGGUGUCCUCAUCUACACCUCCCUCGUGGAGCUGAUUGCCCACGACUUCAUCUUCAACCCAAAUCGAACGAGUGAUCCGAAAGAACUGGCGGUGAUCCUCACCAGUUUCCUCGCGGGCAUUGCUAUAAUGUCGCUCCUCGGCAAGUGGAUUUAGACUUGGCUGAAUUCGAGUUUUCUCUUCACUCUCAAAGCCUUUCCUUCUUUAUGACGAUUGAAUACAUAAAAGUAUAAGUAUAUGGAGCCAAAUAUACCCAAAUAUUGAACCGGC